AUGUCGGAGCAUCCAUUGCAGGCGCUGUUUGAAACUGUUGCGAAAGUCUCAAAUUCAAUUCAAGCCCAACUCUCUAAUCUCAUAGGCCAACCUCGCCACUCCUCUCCCACAACGCAAACACGUCUUUUCUCUGUCUCUUCCUCCUCCAAAGUACGUUCGUCAGAAAAUGUCUCCACCCAUCCCCGGCACACCGAUCUCAUCACAAUGAAAAAGGGAAAUUUGGCUAGUCCUUUGACUAAAGAAGAGCUUGGAAGAGCCACUUGGACUUUUCUUCACACUCUUGCUGCUCAGUAUCCAGAUAAACCAACAAGGCAACAGAAGAAGGAUGUAAAAGAAUUGAUGUCAAUAUUAUCACGAAUGUACCCCUGCAAGGAAUGCGCAGAUCACUUUCAAGAAAUUCUCAGAUCAAAUCCUGUACAGGCUGGAUCACAUGCUGAAUUCUCCCAAUGGCUAUGUCACGUGCAUAAUACAGUUAACAGAAGCCUUAGCAAACCGGUUUUCCCCUGUGAGCGAGUUGAUGCAAGGUGGGGCAAGUUAGAGUGUGAGCAGCGUGCUUGCGAUCUACUAGGACUUACUUCAGGAUUUGAAGACAAAAUUUAUUAA